GCCUUUUUUUUUGUCGACGAGUCUUGUUCACAAGAGGCAGGUUAGAUUUUGUGGAAGCUAGAGGAGCACCCCUGCAUACAUUCUAACCUGCGUUUUCAAGCAAAUCGGACUUCCAGUCCAUUAUAGCUGCGUAAUGUCGUCCGAAAAUCUGUCAGAUACUCAAAUGGAAUAUGAGGAUGAAAAACAGGACUCUCAGGAAAAGAAUGCCAACCUUGUGAAGGGCGAAGAGGUCAAGCUGAAGGCCAAGUACCCCGGCCUGGGCCAGAAGCCUGGAGGCUCCGACUUCCUCAUGAAGAGGCUACAGAAAGGGCAAAAAUACUUUGACUCAGGUGACUACAACAUGGCCAAGGCCAAGAUGAAGAACAAACAGCUGCCCGUGGCGGGCCCUGACAAGAAUCUCGUCACAGGGGACCACAUUCCCACGCCACAGGACCUGCCCCAGAGGAGGUCCUCCUUGGUGACCAGCAAACUAGCAGGCUAGCCUAGCCUCCACCCAUCCACCAGGCCCCCAGCUAACAUUCCUCACCUGUCCCCCAACAAUGCCCACCCCUAGUCAUCUCCAGGCUCCACUUGGCUUUAACAUAUCGGGGAGAGCUGUGAAAGUCAGUACAUAUUGCUUGUAUGUGGGUAGGGUGGGGAGGUGAGCUGGGACCUUUUCUACCAUCUCUCCACACAGCUCUGCCCUCUGCGCACUCUGCUCUACCGCCUCCCUUAUGUCUUGGUUUGGUGUUCAGAGGUACAUAAAGUAGAUGUGCCAUCGGGGAGGCUGAGUUUAAUGCACUUUGUAUUAUGUACAGUUCGUUUUUGCAUCCCGAAACGACACCAAAAUAUAUUGUUGACGAGGGAGUUAGGAACCAUGAUCGCUCCACAUUUUUCGAUGUUGUGUUCUCGUCAAAGCUGGGGGUAGAUGUUUGCAUAUUUUGCUUGCACACCAAAUCUGGGAGGGAAGGGAACCAUGGUGAAGUAUCCAAAGGAAUGUAGUGGUAAUCAGAGGGAAAUGUGGAAACUGAUUUGAGGUUUCCUUUAUCUCAUGUUUUGUCAAACAAAAAUCCAAGGUCAUCCACGCUGACCUGAACGAACGGAUGUGAAACUGCACAUUUUCUGUUCGUGUUGCUUUAAUUCUUGACUCCCUGUUGCUCUUCUUUUUCUAAAUAUGCUGCAUGAUUGUAACAUGUAAAAAAAUGUGCAAAUCUGGAGGGGUUAGACGACUCAUAGGAAGUAGCAAGCAACCAAAUGGAGCCCUGGAAUGUCCAUGGUCACUCUCCACACCUUCCUUCCUUCCCUCUCAAUGUCCUGACAAUCCACACACUGUCUGUAGGCUGCCCAUGGCGAAAGCAAUGGCAAAGCAAACUAAAUACCCAUUUAUAAUUUUAAGGCUGGGAAAAUAAGCAACUGUAUAAUACUCAAGUUAAAUCUCAGUUCUGUGGCAAUUACAUCAAAAAGCCUAAAUGAUUUGUAGGGGAUCAAUUCAGUGUAUAUUUCUGUAUUGUGUUGAGAAAUUUGACAUUUGCUAUGAUUUGUGUCUUUAUAAUGGGUUUGUUCAUUGUCACGCAUUAGCCAUUUACUACAAUCUGGCUCUUCACUGUUAAUGGCAGUUCCUGUUGAGAAACUCUUCCAGUAACAGAAGAUUACUGCCUAGUUCCCAAUUACAUUAGUUGCUAAACCUCUCGGUCUCUCCUUCAAAUUCAACGUAGCAGGAGCCUCACAGCGUACUGCUAAAGCAUAUAGCCUCACGUAUUUACAUUCUAAAUAAAAAAAAUCAGCGAUGUCAGUAAUGGGGUAAACAGUCAGCCACCUGAUAAACAGGCCCCUGGCUCACACACACCUAACUGGAACACACAGCGCGCUUUAGAGAUAUGCUCACUUGACACAUGGCAAAGGGAAGGGAUUUUAUGACAUGAGGAGAGGGGGAAUAUUGUGUGUGUAUUUAGUUGACCCUGCUCACACCUGUUGGGAUGGCUCAACUUGCAAAAUAAUUAUGGUCAGGGGUGUGUUAGGACGACUAGCCUUUACUUUUGUAUGAUUUAUCUAUCUCAAUGUAUCACACACUCCACACAAAUGAUAAAAUACACACUUUAUCACUCCCAUCUUGGCAGCUUUUGAAUAUUAGACACGGACCUGUGUCCUAUUGCAGGGAAGAAGAUAGUGUGUUUGUCUGGGUUAGUAUGAAUGUGCUGCUGUUCUCUGUCCCAGCAGGUGUAAAUAGACUUGGGGGUUGAGGAUAUUUUUUCUUUCUGUUGAUUUCACUACUUGUAGUUCUCUGAUUCAAUGUUUCCUUUCUCCUGUCGGUGAAAACACUACUUCUGCUUUUUCUUUUUACGACAGAGACCUUCAUCUGUAUAAUAUGAAUGUGUAAAUGCUGCUGAUUCAGUCGAUGACAAAUCUUAAACUGAGAUAUUACCCUAUAAAGAAAGCCUGUCCCAGGAUUCAAACAAUUGGACCCACUCCUAUCAUGAAUAAUGUCUGCCAAUUGGAGACUGACUAACCCCUCCAGGGUUGGGGGUAUAAUUUCAUUUCAAUUAGGAUAUGAAUUGAAAUUCUACCCAUGCCCAAUGCAAUCCAUUUUGGGAACUGGCCAGCAGGAGUUGAAAUUUAAUUGACCCCGACUUGUUACUUGAAUUUGAACAGAAAGACCGUUUAGAGUCCUAAAUAAUUGUAGCUUGCCAUUGCAGGCUUAAAAAGUGUCCUAAUAUAAUUGGAUAUGCUGCUGAAAUUAAGGUUGUUGAAACAACAGAGGAAUUAUUGAUUGCUAUGUUUUUGUGCACUGUCUGGCUUUGUAUGGAGCAAUGCAAUGAGGGAUAUAGCAGGGUAUGUUAAAAUACCAUGUCUCCUGUUCAACCAUAAGUAUGUGCCAGAAUGUAAACAAAUGAAAAUGACUGUGCUGCUUACUGAAACUGUUUUUGGUUUUGCAUACAGUGAAUAUGUUUUAGUGUUCUCUUACAUCACUACAUAACUACAACAAAAGUUUAUCCUGGCCCAAGAUAACUGCAGGGAUAUCUGGAGCACCCUUGCUCCCAAUAACUGGGGGUUUACUUAGGAUAUGUGUAUUGUGGCGCUGGAGACAAAACAAAAGAUUGAUUUUAAGAAAUUAGAAAGUACAUGAGUACGAAUAAUGUUUGUUGUGUGGAAGUAGUGGAGCAAAUUUGUCAGUAUUUGAAAUAAACUUUUACAUGAAUAUGAA